UGACGUUGGACAGCAACCAAGAGCGGCCUUCGUUUUGGACAGAGUUGGACUGACACAAGCCCAUCGCUGCCAUGAUGGAAGCUGUGGGAAACGCGCGCGAGACCAAGUCGGAGGCCGUCACAUUUCAACUUUCCUCCUCUCGAGUAGCACCUCGCCAACAUGAUCUCGCCCAAGCACAACAACAACCCGAUGCUGUGCAAGUAUACGUACAAGGCAUGCUUUAACCCGCGUACGACCAAGAAGAACGGCGACCUCCACAUGCUCUGCGACCACCACCGCGACAAGGCCAACGAGGUCCAAAAGACUCACGCCAAGAAGCGCAAGCUGCUCCGCGCGGCGCAAAAGGCCACACUGCUGCAGUCGCCGCCGACGACGCCGACGACCGCCAAUGUGUUGGACCUCCAGUUUCUCAGUACCCUCCUGGACGACGCAUGGGCACCGCGAAACGUGGCCACCGACACGACAGCGCUGACCGAGGACGAGUGUGCGAUCCUCUUUGCCCUCUUCUGAAUCCGCCCCCACCUUAUCUUUAUUGUAAUAUAUACCUUCCCAAGACGACA